CCCUGAUUUCUACCAUCACCUCCGGCACCAUGACUUCCACAGGUGCCAGCGACGGCAAGAAUGAUACCGAGAACCAUCCCGAGCCGUCUAAUGAAGCUAUCAAACAACCUACUCUGACCGAAAAGAAACAAUCAUUAUCCUGGAUUGGAAUGAAUGAGUUACAGCUUGAGAUUCAGCGCUUGAAAAGCGACAUUGAUACGCGCAACGCUUACACUCGGAGUCUCGAGCGGGAUAAUGCAAAGGCUGCUUCCGUAGUGUUAGAGAACGAAGUACUUCGCAAAAAAGUGGAUGAGCUCAUCAAGAACUUAGAGAGCAAAGACACCGAACUAUAUAUGCUCAGAAGUGCUCUCGCUAGCUCAGCCAAAACAGCUGAAGAGGCAGCCCACAUGCGCGUCCAGAUGGAGGCUUUCCCAAUAAUUUCUCUCGGUCUUGCGUUUUCGAUGAUUAAUCUGUUGUUGGAGUCUUCAAAGCACGAAGCCCAGGCCGAUGACAUUACUCGCACCCAAGCUUCAGUGAAUGGCCUGCAGAUAAAGCUCACUGCCGAGGAGAACAUCAACAAGCAACUCACUACAGAACUCGCUGAGAGUGAGGAGAAAAUCAAAAACAUCACUGGUGUAGCUGAGACCCUAAGAUCCCAGAACAAGAGUAUUGAGAGCAAAGUCAAAGGCCUACAGAACAAGGUGGAGGGCUUGGAGAAAGUUCGAGAUUGGCACUACAAAGACUAUACCCAGGCAUUGCAACUCUGCAACACCCUCAAACAGGAAUCCGCUAUGCUAAAAGAAGAGAAACGAGCUCUCGCCGAGAAAUUCGCCAGCCAACUACGCGACCUAGGCGGUUUCGUCACAGACCUAGACCUCGUCGCAGAGGAAAUCCGCAUCUACGUCUGCCCGCACAACAAUCUCAGAGGCAUACACUACGCAACGGCGAAAGAAACACAGAUUAAGAAAGUGUGGAGGGUAGCUGGCGAAAUGUGGAAGCGAUGGGAGAAUGAAGCCAAAUUCCUGAAAGCCUAUGAGACAGCGAGGCAAAACAUCUUGGAUCAUACUCGUGCACAUGAGGUUGCGCUUCACCGAAAUGGAGAUUGGUGGCGAGAAAUCAAGGCGGCGUUUGAUGAGCUGGAUAGGAAGAGGCAUUUUUGUACUACGUACACUUGA